UUUCCCCCAACAAAUUUCACAUUCUUAGCUGUGUUCUAAACAGUGGGCCAUGCACGUGUUUACUCCCUCACUUCCCAUCAUCAUCAUCACUCUCUUUAUAACGAAACUCUCUCCCCCAUCUUCUCAUCACUCCUCUCACCAUUUCCACUUUUUCUCAUUGACACAUUUCAUCAAACACCUUCUCUUCUCCCAAAAUGGCCAAGCUUGCAAAGCUAACAAAACUCAAAUCCGCCAUCAAAAGAUGGCCAUCGUUAACCAAACUAACCCGCACCAGCAGCUCUGUCUCUUCCUCCUCCAAGCAACACGAACACGAACAACAACAACAACAAGACCUUCACGCUGUCUACGUCGGAAAGUCGCGGCGACGGUAUCUCGUGAACGCUGAAGUUGUUCAGCACCCGGUUUUUCAGGAGCUGGUGGAUAGGUCUUGUUGUGAGGAUGGUGCUGUGGUUGUUUCUUGUGAAGUUGUUUUGUUUGAACAUUUGUUGUGGAUGCUUGAGAGUGGUGGAAAUGAGACGCAAUUGGGAUCCAUGGAUGAACUUGUUGAGUUCUAUAACUGUGGUGCAUGUUGAUUAUGCUUUGUUGACAUAGCUAGCUAGUAAUAACAGUAAGUAACUGACUUCAAUUGUUUUGUUUUCUUGUGGUGAUUCAAAAAUAGGUGAAGUGGUCAAUUGAGAUUGAUUAAGUGUAUUUAAGUGGUUUUAUUUUUAUAUAUAUAUUAUACUAUUGCCAUGAGCAUUGUGUAAACAUAAAUUAUGAUUCUGAUGUACUUUUUUUCAACUUAA